AUGCGGGACCUUUCGAAUCUUGAAAAAGAUAGCUAUAAGAAGAUAUCCUACUUUAAGAAGCUUGAAAAAGAUAGCUAUAAGAAGAUAUCCUACGUUAAGAAGCUUGAAAAAGAUAGCUAUAAGAAGACAUCCUACCUUAAGAAGCUUGAAAAAGAUAGCUAUAAAAAGAUAUCCUACCUUAAGAAGCUUGAAAACGAUAGCUACAAGAAGAUAUCCUACCUUAAGAAGCUUGAAAAAGAUAGCCAUAAGAAGACAUCCUACCUCAAGAAGUUUGAAAAAGAUAGCUAUAGGAAGAUAUCCUACCUUAAGAAGAUUGAAAAAGAUAGCUAUAAGAAGAUAUUCUACCUUAAGAAGAUUGAAAAAGAUAGCUAUAAGAAGAUAUUCUACCUUAAGAAGAUUGAAAAAGAUAGCUAUAAGAAGAUAUUCUACCUUAAGAAGCUCCAAAAAGAUAGCUAUAAGAAGACAUCCUACCAUAAGAGGCUUGAUAAAAAUAGCUAUAAGAAGAUAUCCUACCUUGAGAAGCUUGAAAAAGAUAGCUAUAAGAAGGUAUCGUACUUUAAGAAGCUUGAAAAAGAUAGUUAUACGAUGAUAUCCAACUUUAAGAAGCUCCAAAAAGAUAGUUAUACGAAGAUAUCCUACGUUAAGAAGUUUGAAAAAGAUAGCUAUAAGAAGGUAUCCUACCUCAAGAGGCUUGAAAAAGAUAGCCAUAAGAAGAUAUCCUACUUUGAGAAGCUUGAAAAAGAUGCCUAUAAGAAGAUAUCCUACUUUAAGAAGUUUGAAAAAGACAGCUCUGACAAUUAUGACCCUGAUUUUAAUCGUUACAAAGAUGACGAUGAGAAGGAGUGUGAUUUCUCUAAUAUUAUGUUUGACGAUAUGAGUGGGUUUAGACGUAACCGACGGACAACAGAACACGUUGUUAGGCUAGAAUCUGAUAUUAAGAAUGGUUUGUUAAAUAAGGAAUAUGUUUUAGCAGUUUUCUUAGAUGUUGAGAAGGCGUACGAUAUGGUGUGGAGAAGAGGGGUGCUGAAGAAAAUGGCAGAGAUGGGUUUGGGGGGAAAGAUAUUGGCAUGGAUGCAUCAAAGUGCCCAGAGGCAGGGAAUAGAGAUUUGUUUGGCAUGGUUAUCAACCCACCUGGGAAUCGCGGGUAAUGUAGAAGCGGGCAAGGCUGCAAAACAAGCGCUCCUGCCGAAUAAUAUAUCUGUCUCUUACUCGUUAUCAUGUCGAGAGAUGUUCAACGAAGUUAAGUCACACUUCUACUCGCAAUGA